GGGCAUACGGGAAGCCGGAUGCGAGCCGGGGCUGGCGGGCGGGGGGCUCCGGAGCCAGCAGGCCAGCGGCUGCGCGGGUAGCAGGGCCCCGGCGCGGCGGAGCCAUUCGCCGCUCGCCUCCCUCCCCCCGCGGCGCUUUGCUUUGCUUUGCUUUUAUUUUAUUUUCUUUUCUUUUUUCUUUUUUUCUUCUCUUUUCUUUCUUUUUUUUUUUUUUUUUCCUCUUCCCUUCCUCCCAGAGCGGAGGCGGCGGCGGGGCCGGGCACGUGUGCUGGGGCCCGGGCACCGUGACUCAUGAGGCGCCGGGGCUGAGGAGGGCGAGUCCCCGGGGGAGGGCCGCCCGCCCGCCCGCCACGCUGCCGCCGCCGCCGCUUCGCGCCCCUGCCUCGGCUGCGCGUCUCCCAGACCCCGGAGCCUGCGCCUGGCUUAGGUUGGUACUAAGAAGUGCCUUUCCUGACGUCUCCGCUGCUAGAGCAGCCGCUGCUUUUGCCUUGCUUGCUGCCAGCUAGACCGCGAGGACAGCGCAUCGCCGCCACCGGGCCGGGCUCCGCCGAGGGAAGGGCGCUGGCGGGCCUUGCCGCAGGCUGCUUUACUGUACAAUAAAAGUUUGCCGCCAAGGUCAGACCUCUGCUGCCCGAAAACCGAGGAGAGGAGAGAAAACAAACAAACAAACCAAACCACCCCCCAACAGCCCCCGUCUCGGUCGCUGCUCUAAACUGCUGCAUCUGUCUAUGCCAAACUAAUCGAUCCCGGUUGCACCACAGACUUCCCCCCGCUGCCUGGAGACCCCUCUGCCAGCCCCUCCCUGCCAGCAGCUCGGACACCCCGCUCCCGGGUCCAUGCUUGCCUUGUGGGCUCCGCUGGGCUCCCAGGAUGGGCUGCUGAGCCCCGGCUACACCUUUUAACCUUCACCUCUGCUGGCAAACUCGGCCUUGCUGGGAGCGCGGAAGGCUGCGCCGGGUAGCAGUGGCACGCUGUGAGCUCCCCGCUGGCACCGCUGCUCCGUGGGAGCCUCGGCCACCCUCUUUCUGCACGUACUGUGAAAAAUAGGGAGCGGGGCGGGGGGGAAAAAGGAGAGGAAAAAAAAAAAAAAAGAAGUAUUCUGGAGGUGGCACUUUCAUCAUUUCCAGUUUGAUCAGUUCAGCGACUCGUUGGUCCGUUCCGUCGGAGCUUGUAACUACCUGUAAAGGCUAAAGAUGGCUGUUAGUGUCACGCCGAUUCGGGACACAAAAUGGCUAACGCUGGAGGUGUGUAGGGAGUUCCAAAGGGGGACUUGCUCACGACCAGACACGGAAUGUAAAUUUGCACACCCAUCGAAAAGCUGCCAAGUCGAAAACGGACGUGUAAUCGCCUGCUUUGAUUCAUUGAAAGGUCGAUGUUCAAGGGAAAACUGCAAAUAUCUUCACCCACCACCACACUUAAAAACACAGCUGGAGAUCAAUGGACGCAAUAACCUGAUCCAGCAGAAGAACAUGGCCAUGCUGGCCCAGCAGAUGCAGCUUGCCAAUGCCAUGAUGCCUGGUGCCCCACUGCAGCCCGUGCCGAUGUUCUCCGUGGCACCCAGCCUAGCUGCCACCAAUGCCUCAGCCGCCUUCAACCCCUACCUGGGGCCUGUGUCCCCAGGCCUGGUCCCCACGGAGAUCCUGCCCACUGCGCCCAUGCUGGUGACAGGGAACCCUGGCAGCGUCCCGGUGCCCGCCGCUGCCGCCGCCGCCGCCCAGAAGCUGAUGAGGACAGACAGGCUGGAGGUGUGUCGAGAGUACCAACGUGGCAACUGCAACAGGGGGGAGAACGACUGCCGCUUCGCCCACCCCGCCGACAGCGCCAUGAUCGACACCAACGACAACACCGUCACCGUCUGCAUGGAUUACAUCAAGGGGAGGUGCUCCCGGGAAAAGUGCAAAUACUUCCACCCUCCUGCCCACCUGCAAGCCAAGAUCAAGGCUGCCCAGUACCAGGUUAACCAGGCUGCAGCUGCCCAGGCAGCAGCGACUGCAGCUGCCAUGACUCAGUCGGCUGUCAAAUCACUGAAGCGACCCCUCGAGGCAACCUUUGACCUGGGAAUUCCUCAAGCUGUACUCCCCCCAUUACCAAAGAGGCCUGCGCUUGAAAAAACCAAUGGUGCCACCGCAGUCUUUAACACUGGUAUCUUCCAGUACCAGCAAGCUCUUGCCAACAUGCAGUUACAGCAGCAUACAGCCUUCCUCCCACCAGGCUCAAUAUUGUGCAUGACACCCGCUACAAGUGUUGUUCCCAUGGUGCACGGUGCUACGCCAGCCACUGUGUCUGCAGCAACAACAUCUGCCACAAGUGUUCCCUUCGCUGCAACAGCCACAGCCAACCAGAUACCCAUAAUAUCUGCCGAACAUCUGACUAGCCACAAGUAUGUUACACAGAUGUAGACGUUUUGUCAUCAAACAAUCAUAACAGAAGAGCAAAGGACAGUGUGUUUGGGUUGGGAAGAGGAGGAGCUCAUCAGCCAUAGUGUAUAUACCGCCAGCCACACCCCAACUCCCUCAGCAGUAAGCCCUCCACACCUUGCAUGUUAAGCGGGACGAGCGAAGAGAGCGCGGCAAAGUCCGCCCCACACACUGUUGCCUAUCUAAACUUUGUACAUGGAAUCGAUAUCUUUGUGCUGAGGUGAUUUCUUUCCCUUGUCCAAGGAGUCCAGCAUUGUCUCUCUUUUCUAGCAACAGGGGCUGGGGAGGGGGGAGGGCCCACGUGCCUGGCUCAGACUCCUUCCCUUCUCCACAAUCACAUCAGUCGCCUGGAAAAGACAGCCGAUGGCGCGGCCGCGACUCUCCCCAUGUGUUGGUACGUCUGUAGACCAAGAGAUCCUUCUUUUUGUUUUUGUUAUGAUGAUGAUGAUGAUGAUGAUGAUGAUGGAAAGCAAAGUUUUCUUUCAUUCAUUUCCUUUUUUUCCAAGGUUUACAAAUAACAAAAGGUUGCACCUUGUAUUUAAAAGUCGCCAUGGUAGAGCAGAGAGCCUGCAUGCACAGUGAAAA